AUGGCAUUUAUCGACAUUCCAUCUUCCACACAGGAAGCCCACAAGCUCACACUUAUUCCGGGACCAAUUGAGUUCACCGACGCCGUUCUGGCAGCAAAUGCCUAUCCAGCUCAGGCUCAUACAGGACCAGACUUUGUCGCUGUAUUCCAAAGCGCCUUGAAGAACACCCGCAAGCUGUUCAAGUCCACGGACCCCGAUGCCCAACCACUGGUGAUCUCCGCUUCCGGAACUCUCGGAUGGGAGAUUGUUGGGUCCAACUUUUUGACCGAGAACGAACGUGUUCUGCUCCUCUCGACGGGAUUCUUCUCUGAUGCAUUUGCCGACUGUCUUAAGGUCUUUACUGACCGUGUGGAUGUGUUGCCAGCACCACUUGGUGAUGUUGUAUCCUUCAGCAAGGUUGAAGAUGCGCUGAAGAAGGCUGUUGAUGACAAAGAGCCAUAUGCCGUGAUCACCAUCACCCAUGUGGAUACUUCUUCUGGUGUACUUAUGGACGUCGAAAAGUACGCAGAGCUCGUCAAAAGGGUCUCACCAACGACCCUGAUUAUCGUUGAUGGUGUUUGCUCGGUUGCAGUUGAAACUCUCGAGUUUGACAAGUGGGGACUGGACUACGUGCUCACUGCCUCCCAGAAAGGUGUCGAUGUUCCACCUGGUCUUUCUAUCUCAUUCGCGUCCAAGCGUGCACUGGAGAAGGCUAAGACUGUUAAGCCAAGGACUUAUUACUCGAACUUGCAGAAGUGGAUUCCAAUCAUGAAGGCAUACGAGUCUGGUGCAGGUGCUUACUUUGCUACACCUCCAGUUCAGUUGAUUCACGCUCUUGAUGUUUCUCUCAAGGAGAUCGUUCCAGAUCUAGAUGCUCGUAUCGCCAAGAAUGCGGUCGUAGCUGAAAAACUCAGAUCCAACCUUGACUCCAUCGGGAUCAAGUGUCUGGCCAAGCCGGGUGUUGGAGCCCACGGAGUGUCUGGCUACUACUUUCCAGAGUCCAUCAACGGACCAGCAUUUUUGAAGAGUGUUGGUGCCAGAGGCAUUCAAUUGGCAACCGGUAUUUACAAGGGUAUUAAGGAUGACUACUUCCGUAUCGGACACAUGGGUGUCUCUGCCUUGGGCGAGGGAAGACGUGAUCUUGAGAUAUGCUUUGAGGUUAUCCAGGAGGCAUUGAAGGAGAAUGGGUACAGUUCUUAA